CGUCUCUGGAUUAGCGCAACUGGGGACGUGGGACGGCCCGGCCCGGCCCCGCGCCCGCCGCCGGCUCCGGGAGCGGCACCGGAGCUGCACCGGGAGCUGCACCGGGCAGGCCGCCGACGGGACGAGGAGCCCGAGGGCGGCGGCACUCUUUGCGGCAGCCCCGCUAGCGCGACGCGGUGAGGGGCGGCGGCGCAGGGAGCGCCCCGGUGGGCGGCGAUGGCGCUGCGGGCGCGGGCGCUGUACGACUUCAGGUCGGAGAACCCGGGUGAGAUCUCGCUGCGGGAGCAUGAGGUGCUGAGCCUGUGCAGCGAGCAGGACAUCGAGGGGUGGCUGGAGGGCGUCAACAGCCGCGGGGACCGCGGGCUCUUCCCGGCUUCUUACGUGCAGGUGAUCCGCGCCCCCGCCGCCGAGCCGCCGCCGCCCGCCCGCUACGCAAACGUCCCCGUCGGCGGAUUCGAGCCGCUGCCGCCCCCCGCCGCCUUCAAGCCGGCGGCGCAGCAGCCCCCACCCGAGCCCUUCCCGCCGCCCCCCGCCGGGUAUCCCUUUCCGCCCUACGGCGGCUCCUACCAGCCCAGCCAGGGCAGCGAUGACGACUGGGACGACGACUGGGACGACAGCUCCACGGUGGCCGACGAACCGGGCGCCCUGGGCAGCUCCUACCCCGACUACGAGGCGGCGGGCGGCGGCGCCCCGGGCCGGUACCGCCUGUCCACCCGCUCAGAGCCGUCCCUGGGCCCCCGCGGCGCGGGGCACCCACCAGGACACCCGCACCCCCACGGCGGCGGCGGCGCCGCCAAGAGCUCGGCCACGGUGAGCCGCAAUCUCAAUCGCUUCUCCACCUUCGUCAAGUCCGGCGGAGAGGCCUUCGUGCUGGGCGAGGCGUCGGGCUUCGUGAAGGACGGGGACAAGCUGUGUGUGGUGCUGGGCCCCAGGGGCCCCGAGUGGCAAGAGAACCCGUACCCCUUCCAGUGCUCCAUCGAGGACCCCACCAAACAGACCAAAUUCAAGGGCAUGAAGAGCUACAUCGCCUACAAGCUGGUGCCCAGCCACACCGGGCAGCAGGUGCACCGCCGCUACAAGCACUUUGACUGGCUCUAUGGGCGCCUGGCUGAGAAGUUCCCCGUCAUCUCCGUGCCACACUUGCCAGAGAAGCAGGCCACUGGCCGCUUUGAGGAGGACUUCAUCUCCAAACGUCGCAAAGGCCUGGCCUGGUGGAUGGACCACAUGUGCAGCCACCCUGUGCUGGCUCAAUGUGAUGCCUUCCAGCACUUCCUCACCUGUCCCAGCACGGAUGAGAAGGCCUGGAAACAGGGCAAGCGCAAGGCUGAAAAGGAUGAGAUGGUGGGUGCCAACUUUUUUCUGACCAUCAGUGUCCCCACAGGCCCUGGGGCCAGCCUGGACUUGCAGGAGGUAGAAAGCCAGGUGGAUGGCUUCAAAGCCUUCACCAAGAAGAUGGAUGAGAGUGCCCUGCAACUUAAUCACACGGCCAAUGAGUUUGCCCGCAAACAAGUCACUGGUUUCAAGAAGGAAUACCAGAAGGUGGGGCACUCCUUCAAGUGCCUCAGUCAGGCAUUUGAGCUGGACCAGCAGGCCUUUUCAGCUGGCCUCAACCAAGCCAUAGCCUUCACUGCAGAAGCCUAUGAUGCCAUCGGGGACCUCUUUGCAGAUCAGCCCCGGCAGGACCUAGAUCCUGUGAUGGAUUUGUUAGCGUUGUAUCAGGGGCAUUUGGCCAACUUUCCAGACAUCAUCCAUGUGCAGAAAGGAGCCCUUACCAAAGUAAAGGAGAGUAAGCGGCACGUGGAAGAGGGGAAGAUGGAGCUCCAAAAAGCUGAGGGCAUUCAAGAACGUUGUAACAUUAUUUCCUUUGCAACCCUCGCAGAAAUUAAUCAUUUCCACAAAAUCCGUGUGAGGGACUUUAAAUCACAGAUGCAGCAUUUCUUGCAACAGCAAAUACUCUUUUUUCAAAAAGUGACACAAAAGCUCGAAGAAGCUCUUCACAAGUAUGACAGUGUUUAGUCCCUGAUUUGUGGGCUUUGCUCAGCAUGAACGUGACCCAGGCAGCAGAGCAAAUGCUGCUGAAGAGCUGCUGCCAGUGGUAGAUGGCGGUACAAGGAUGGGUUUGUGUUCACCUGGAACCCAGGUUUAAUCUCUGAUUAUGUAGAAAGGAAACAGUUAUAGGGCUAUGUAGUAGAAACAGUACCACGCAUUGUAACUAAGUUAUACUGUGUAUGCCUAUACCAUUGUAACUUUUUUGAAAUAAUGAGUAUACUAUUUGCCUUAUUGCUUUUUGAAAUACAGUAUCUUAGUGCAUACUUCAUAGACCUCAAAGCCCUUUGGGUAUUUAAGGAAGUUGGCUAGAUAAAUGCCUGCUUCAGAUGCCUUUUUACUUUCCUAGAUUUGGACUUCCUAAAUUCAAGCAAUUCUCUGUUUACAGACUCCUACUAGAGCAGCUAUGUGAUUCUGUGCCUUUAGACUCUAUUUUUCCUUUUCUAGUAAGUCACAUUUUUAUGAUUAAAUCAAUGAAGGGUUGGUGCCUGUGAUGGGAACUGAUGAUGAAACCUCACAUUGACUGGAAAAAAAUUCAGCUGCCAUCCAGUUUGCAUAGCAAGUACUUUCUUACGACAAAUGUUGGCUCAAAAGGGAAAAGUUAAAUUUAUUGACACUUUCCCUGGAAAUUGAGACUACUUGUUAAAUGUACUAGGAUGUUAAGCACAUGUACAAAAAUACACCACUUAAUUCCCUUUCUGAAAGAAAUAAUAGUAAGGGGUGAGGUUUUUUGGUGUUUUUUUGUUUGGUUUUUUUUGGUUUUUUGUUGGUUUUUUUGGUAUACAGCAUUACUGUAAGUAGAAAGUUGAAGAGCUAGCCUAAUAAAAAUUACAUAUAUCAAGGGGAUAUUAAUGCAAGCUAUGUGGCUGCAACAUUUUUUUAAAGUUUCAAAUUAUUUGCGCUUUGUCAGUUGCUGAUUCAGUUUAACUUCAGACUUGCAUCUGCACUGCCAGUUGUCUGAAUUUAAACUCCACUGUGAUUCAUUAGUUUACUAAGUUAAAAGUUUUUGGGGAUUAUCAGUAAAUAAAUUAUCUGAAGGCUUGGCUGAACUGACUUGGAAAACAGGUGGCAUUUUUAUGUUUGUAACACUCAAGAAUUAACAAUUGUCUUAAUUUUUGUAUAAAUAUUUUUGACAAGCAGGGUGCAUUUAUAGAUAUGUAAACACUAUCUUUUAAAGAGGUUUAUGGCUUAUUUCCCUUGAAUUAAGUCUGUAUUUCUUACCUAUUGAUUUCCUUCUUAUAGGUCAGUAUGAAAGAGGGUUUUUGUUUAUCCUAUCUUUUUUCUCCUGAACAAAAAUAAGAAAACUUUGCAAGGAAGCAAAAUGUUUAUUUUUUGUUUAAUUGAAUUAAUCAAAAAUAGCUUAAACAAAUGAAAGCCUGGAAAAGGAAGUUGAGCAACAGUUACAGUUAAGUACAAAUCAUUCCGCACCUAUGCAGCAGAAAUGUGCUGUUCUUUCAAACGAUCAUGUGAGUUUUGUUGUUUAACCCCACAUCUCUGUUUCUGAGGAAUAACACUUAAGAAUGUAGUUUUGGUUCUAAGAUUCAUCCCCAAAUUUUUGGAGAUGGCCGUUUUGCACAAGCUGUGUUUGGUGGUGCUUCUAGUACACACAUAAAGCAGUAAAAUAUAGAAUAAUGAAGAGGGGAAAGCAAGUAUUUUUAAAAGAAAGGACAAUCAGUGAAGAAAGACUCCAUUUCCAGCCUGUUGAAACAGUUCUGCAAACAAGAUUGACUAUAAAAUAAGGACCACAGUCAUAGACCUGACUUGCUCUUUACCUUCCUCAUGGUGUCUCAUUCUACAUUCAAAACUCACGACUUCCCCUAACAGCUCUUCCCAGCAGUACUCCUCCUUUCCCAUACGUCAUUUAAUUAUGUGACAGUCAUGAGCUAGGUUUGAGCUGAGUUCCGUGGCUAAUGUUUGCUUAAGCCAGAUACUGUUUUAGUAAAUGUCUUAGAUCAGACUAUAAUCAAGCUGAUUCUACGUGGAGGUAUUAAGACCUGUUCAGAAAUUUAUCUUGGUUCAGUAGAAGUAUUUUAGGAGGUUGGUAUUAAUGACAUGUUCAUGUCCGGGAGGAAAUUAAGCUGUGAUAUGUAUUCAUGCGAUGUUAUCAGACAGGUACAGUUUUCCCUAAUAAACUGUCAUGGCCUUCACCUUACUUUCUCAUUUGUGAAUUUAUUUGAGCAUAGGAAAAGGGAGUGUAGUAAUUAGUUAAAUUUGAUGUACCAGAAAAUCUUGGUUGGAAUCCUGGUUUAAAUUACUGCAGAGUACGGAAAGGUUCUGGUCUACAUCUGUAUUAGCAUUUUCUUCUUUUCCUCAGUCAUUAUAGAGUUGAAGUUGAACUGGCUGACAGGUGGAGCACAAGGAGUUGCAGUAAAGGGUGUUGCAUCAGGCUGGUGACUGGUCAUCAGUGGGGUUCGACAGAGCUCUAUCUCAGGCCCUAUGCUCUUCAUUGUCUUCAUAAAUCACUUGGACACAGAACUCAAAGGGGUACUAAGUUUGAUGAUGAGGCUAAGAUGGAAGUGACAGUGGAUGCCCUUAAAGGCAGAGAAGCCCCACAGAGAGAUGGACAAAUCAGAGGGAUAGGCAAUCACCAACCAUGUGAAGUUCAACAAGGGCUGGUGCCAGAUUCUGCACCUGGGAUGGGGCAGCCCCGGAUGUACAGACAAACAGGGGAAUGA